CUGUCGGAUGUGCCUCCGUCUCGCCCCUCGCCCCGGUCCAUACACCCCGACUCACUGUCACACCGUCUCGCCGGCGGCCACAGGAGCCAACGCAUGGCCCCUCGGUCUGGGUUGGAUAUAAUCCCGUUGUCCGCGUUUCGCCUUCGCCUUCACACCCGCCUCAUCUCCACACCCGCCCCAUCUCCACGCCCACCAUCUGCUCACCAUGCUCGCGGGCUUCUCGACGUCAACGCUGCUGAUCCUGGCUGCGACGACCGCUCUCGCGGGAGCCUCCACAUGCACCCCGGAUAUAGCCAUGUCUCGGAUCUCGCUCCCGCUGCAAGACAACGCUUCUGUGAUGAUCACGCCGUCGGUCGACAACAGCAACUUCACCGUCGUUGCGAUGCCGUUCAACUCCAGCGCCUCCACGCACCCCGGCAUGCCGCCCGUGGCCAACUACUGGUUCUUUUCGCAGGGAUGCCGAGACUUGUCCAUGUACGACACCUUCCAGUCCGACGUCAUCAUCGACCCUGGCGUCGACUUUACCAUCGUCUUCACUCAAAACUCGGUCGAUUGCAAAUACCCACAGGGUGUCUCUGCCAGCGCAGAGUCUCAAUACCACUCCCUUUACGACUUUCUGGUCCCAAGCGGCCAGCGCCAAACAUUGGUGAUCCCUCUCAGCGCAUUCUCCACCAACUGGCUCAACGGCAGCUUUGACUUUCAGCACACCGCCGGCAUGACCUUCAUCAACCAGGCCGUCGGCAGUCACGUCACCAUGAUCUCACCGACGCUGAAGGGCAAAUGCACAAACGACACACCGACGCCGAGUCUUGCGCCUGGACCUGGACCUGGACCUGCACCGCAGCCAUCGUCUGGUCCCAACAUCCCAGCGAUUGUUGGCGGUGUCGUCGGUGCACUGGUCGUGGCUUUUGUGGCAGCGCUGUAUGUCAUCCAUCGACGCCGCGAGGCUGGGAAGAACGCUGCAGAACGAGAAAGGCUGGCUGUGGCUCGUUCGCCGUCGCCCUCCCGGGACGCAACCGACGGACGCCGCGACCGCAAUGGCGGCUUUGACGAAGGAAGACCCAACGUUGCCUCCACCGACAGCAUCCUGUCAUCAGGCAUUGGCGCCGCCACCAUUCAAUCGACGACCCUGUCCACGACCACAGCCACGACCGCAACCACACUGGCCCUCUCGGCACCGGACUUGGCCGCAGCAUCGGGCACAUACGUCGGCACCGCCCUGGACACCGGUCUCGCCCCGCCAUCGUACGACUCGAUUGUCGACUUUAGUCAACCAGCGCCGGUCAGCUCCUCGAGAGUCAGCACGCCAACACAGAAGCAGUACCUCGUCGUGUCCUCGCACAAGUCGCUCGACGACAGCGAGCUGAGUGUCGGCGUGAAAGAAAUCGUCGUGGUGCUGGCAUCGAUCGACAACAACUGGGCUCUGGCCGAGGCACUUGGCGGACGACGAGGCCGCCUUCCAUGGUCCUGCGUCCAAGAAAUGGACACGGCGGACCUCGUGUGAUGGAGCCAUCAUCGCCGUGGUGCGACUGCAUGCUGUGAUAGACGGGUUGAGCCAUGCACAUUGCAUUGUGUGGUUGACUGGGCCGAGUCGACCGGGCCAUGGCAACUGUGUCAUACCGACUGCGUCAUGCCAACUGCAUGGUGCCAUGAACUGACGGCGGCUUGCGGCAUGAUGGUCUGUGCAGUAUUUUGACUCGCCUGAUAGAAACAGACAUUGACCCAGGACGUGCUGGGCAGGUCGCUCGGCAGGUCGCUCGGCAGGUCGCUCGGCAGGUCGCUCGGCAGGUCG